GCGAGGGAAGCCGUGCAGUGGUGGCGGUGGUCGUAGCGGCGGAAGCCACAAGUCGAGCACCUACAGUGCAGGUGUUUACCCACUAUCCUCCAGAGAUUGGCAAGGAGAACAACUUGCAGUGCUACGCUGACAGAUUCCAUCCUCCUAAAAUCAGCAUCGAGCUUCUAAAGAAUAGCAAGCCAAUGGAGAGCCAGGAGAGCGACCUUUCUUUUCACCAGGACUGGGCCUUCCAUCAGCUUGUCUACGCCAACAUCACUAUCGAUGGGAAGACCGAGUACGCCUGCAAGGUGGGGCAUGAAACCGUUCGUGAACUCCAAACUCACAAACUCGAAUGGGAGUUCUGA